AGCACUUAAUAUCACAAUAUUGCAUAUAUGAUUGUGGGUAUGGCCACUAGACAUUGUCUUAUGCUUGGGAUUCUCCUCUGGCUCAUAAGCUCGUUGGCUCUUACUACUGAGCCAACAAUGGCAGAUGAUGAUAUCCCAUCAAACUUUUCUCGCAAAUAUUUUCCAGAUGACUUCAUUUUCGGAAUAUCUACUUCUGCUUAUCAGGUUGAAGGUGAAGCAAACAAGAAGGACAGAGGACCUAGUGUAUGGGACAUAUUUACGCAUGAGUCUCCAGAUAGGAUUUUGGAUGGCAGCAACGGAGAUGCAGCAGAUGAUUUUUAUAAUAUUUUCAAAGCAGAUAUUAAAAGAAUGAAGCAAUUGGGUUUGGAUGCUUUUAGAUUCUCCAUUUCAUGGUCCAGAAUAGUUCCUAGUGGAAGGGUUUGGGAAGGAGUGAAUGAACAAGGAAUUGAAUUUUACAAUAAGAUUAUAAAUGAAACUAUAGCAAAUGGCCUAGAGCCUUUUGUAACCAUUUUUCAUUGGGAUACUCCUCAAGCCCUAGAAGAUAAGUAUGGUGGCUUUUUGAGCCAUAAUAUUGUGGAUGAGUUUCGUGACUAUGCGGAUUUUCUCUUUGAAAAAUUUGGUGAUCGAGUAAAAUAUUGGAUGACUUUAAAUGGACCGUGGACUCUUAUUGAAUUCGGAUAUGAUAAAGGCGUCCAUGCCCCUGGUCGUUGUUCUCCUUGGGUGAACGAUCAAUGUCUUUCUGGAAACUCAUCCACCGAACCAUACAUAGUUGCCCAUAAUCUACUUCUUUCUCAUGCUGCAGCUGUACAAGUAUAUAGAGAAAAAUACCAAAAAUUACAAAAUGGUAAGAUUGGCAUAUCACUUUUUAGUUACUGGUAUGAACCUAUCUCUGAUCAAGCAACGGAUAAAGAAGCGGCCAAGACUGCUCUUGAUUUCAUGUUUGGAUUGUUCAUGGAUCCUAUAACCUAUGGCCGAUAUCCAAGAAUCGUUCAAACUUUAGUUGGAGAUAGAUUACCCGAAUUUAAUGAUAUGGAAGCCGACUUACUUAGAAAAUCAUAUGAUUUUAUUGGAUUACAAUAUUACUCUUCAUAUUAUACAAAAGCAAAUGCCACUGUUAAUCCGCGUUAUGUUAGUUACAAAAAUGAUAGUGGAGUUAUUGAAACAGCUUAUGAUGACGAUGGUCAACCAAUUGGUCCACAGGCUUAUUCUCCUUGGUUAUAUAGUUAUCCAAAAGGUAUUCGAAAUCUUUUAAACUAUACCAAGAACACCUACAAUAAUCCAACAAUUUAUAUCACAGAUAAUGGGAUUGAUGACUAUAAUAACCAAAGUCAGACCUUGGCGGAAGCAGUUCAAGAUGAAUUCAGAAUCGAUUAUCAUAAAGACCAUUUGUGGAAUGUGCUUGGAUCCAUCAAGGAGGACAACGUUACUGUGAAAGGCUACUUUGCAUGGUCGCUCUUAGAUAAUUUCGAAUGGAAUUUAGGCUAUACUUCAAGAUUUGGUUUCUAUUACGUGGACCACAAAAAUAACAUGAGAAGAAUUCCCAAGAAUUCACUUACUUGGUUCUGCAUGUUCCUUGAAAAAAUUUUGAAAGAAUGUCUAGUGUUUCCGUACUCAUAUAUAUAGACAGAGAUGUCUCAGGCAGUGACCUUGCAUUGUAAUAAAACUUUAUAGUGAUCCCAUGUAAUUCCUUAUGGGGAUUCCAUGCGCUGUUGGUUUUCAGUGUGUUGUAAUAAAACUUUGUGGUGUUUGUUGAGUCUUCUCAACUCUUGUUAUUAAUAAAAAUUAUUUGGCUAAAUGCAUAUUUGUAUA